UUUGCAGACUUUUCUGGUUUUCUCCUCAGGUCAUCAUGCCAGGCUACUGUGUGCAAGGAACUGUAGGCCAUAAGAUUCUGAGUGGGCAGCGCAAGCUGGAAAUGGAAGGACGACAAAUACUGGAGGUGAAGAUGCAGGUGGAGUACAUGUCCUUCAGUGCCCAUGCUGAUGCCAAGGGGAUAAUGCAGCUCAUUCGCCAGGCAGAGCCACGCAAUGUUCUCCUGGUCCAUGGUGAAGCGAAGAAAAUGGAGUUCCUGAAGCAGAAAAUCGAGCAGGAAUUUCAUGUGAACUGCUACAUGCCUGCAAAUGGAGAGACAACAACAAUAUUCACCAAUCCCUGCAUUCCCGUGGACAUAUCCCUGGGACUCCUGAAGAGAGAAACAGCAAUAGGUCUGUUACCCGAUGCCAAGAAGCCAAAGCUCAUGCAUGGCACGUUAAUUAUGAAGGAUAACAGCUUCCGCCUGGUUUCUCCAGAGCAGGCGCUGAAGGAGCUGGGCCUUGCAGAACACCAGCUGCGUUUCACCUGCCGCGUUCACAUCCAGGAUCCGCGGAAGGAACACGAGACCGGGCUCCGCGUGUACAACCACCUCAAAGCGAUCUUGAAAGACUAUUCAGUCCAGCAUCUCCCUGAUGGUUCUAUAACUGUAGAGUCCAUUCUUAUCCAAGCUACAGCACACUCAGAGGAUCAAGGAACAAAAGUCUUGCUCGUAUCCUGGACGUACCAGGAUGAAGAGCUAGGCAGCUAUCUCACAUCCCUGCUCAAAAAAGGACUGCCACAGAGUACAGCUUGAGCUACAGAGCAGCAGCAGGCACCGUGGUGCUUCAAAGAUAGAUUUUAUUUUGUUACAUUGUCAUAAAUGGAAAACUAAGGAUAGACAUAGUAUCUCCAGGUUGCUGGUUUCAUUUUAAUACAGGAAUUAAAAUGUUUGUCCAAUACCCGCAGUGAGAGUGU